AACUCUUGCCCACCACACCCCCAGGCCAGUGACUAAGUGCCUGAAGCCUCUGUGACCAUAGACCUGGAAAUGUGGAGUCCAGGAGGAAGGACCUAUGCUGAGAAACAGGCUGACCCGUUGCACGUGCCCCCACGAUGCAAUCUCACCGUGAAAGACCUCCUCCUUUCGGGCAGCAGCGGGGACCUGCAACAGCAUCACCUGGGGGUCUCCCACCUCCUGAGACCUGGGGCUGAGCACUGUCAGGAGCUGGUGCUCACUGAGGAUGAGAAGAAGCUGCUGGCUAAAGAAGGCAUCACCCUGCCCACUCAGCUGCCCCUCACUAAAUACGAGGAGCGAGUGCUGAAAAAAAUCCGCCGGAAAAUCCGGAACAAGCAGUCGGCCCAAGAAAGCAGGAAGAAGAAAAAGGAAUAUAUCGACGGCCUGGAGACUCGGAUGUCAGCUUGCACUGCUCAGAAUCAGGAGUUACAGAGGAAAGUCUUGCAUCUCGAGAAGCAAAACCUGUCCCUCUUGGAACAGCUGAAGAAACUCCAGGCCAUUGUGGUGCAGUCCACCAGCAAGUCAGCCCAGACAGGCACCUGUGUUGCGGUCCUGUUGCUGUCCUUUGCCCUCAUCAUCCUCCCCUCUAUCAGCCCUUUUGGCCCCAACAAAGCCGAGAGUCCCGGGGACUUUGCACCUGUGCGAGUGUUCUCCAGAACUUUGCACAACGAUGCUGCCUCCCGCGUGACCUCUGAUGCUGUGCCGGGCUCUGAGGCCCCAGGACCCCAACCCGAGGCUGACACAACCCGAGAAGGGUCUCCAGGAAGCCCUGGGGCAGACUGGGGCUUCCGGGACAGUGCAAACCUGACCAAUUCGACAGAGGAGGUAGACAAUGCUACCCUGGUCCUGAGGAAUGCAACAGAGGGGCUGGGCCAGGUCACCCUGCUGGACUGGGUGGCGCCUGGGCCGAGCACUGGCUCAGGACGUGCAGGGCUGGAGGCGGCGGGAGACGAGCUGUGAGCCCCGCCAGGACUAUGCUCCCAGGUCCCUCUGCCCAGGGGUGCCUUGGGGAUGCUGCUCUGGACAGCGACCCACCUGGGGAUGGGACAUGAGGCCGAGACCCCAGCAGAGAUGCCAGAAUGGGGGAGGCACAGCUCACAGCCACA